ACCAAAACUUUAAAUCUGUAACCUCUGCUAUUAGGAAUUGCUCCUUAUUACUUGCCUUAACUAAAUCAGUCACAAUCUCGUACACUUCUUGUUACAUCUCUCAAACUUUACUGCAAAGAAAAUAGUUAUCUCAUGUAGUUUCCAUUUGGCAUCUUUGCAGUUCAUAUAGUGUCCUUUGUGAUGUAACUUUUAAAACUAAAGAGUUUCCCUCUCAGAGUUGUAGACUUGACUAACAGAAUUAUCGGGUCUCAACUUUGAUGCUGUGAACUGUGUCUCAUGGGUGGAAUUCCAUGUUACAAAUUUCUGUAUCUUUUGUGAACACCACUCUACAAAUAUUUCUGAACAAUGCAAAAUUUUAUGUAUGCACAUCUUCUGGCUCUGGAUUAUACAACGGAAUGAAUCUAAAGCCUUGAUUGAAAACACUCCCACAAAAGCUAUUUUACCUAUUUUUACUUAUCACAUUUUUAGUGGCUGCACCAAACCUCCCCAUGAUGGCUAACCAAAUGUCCUCUAGUGUACCUUACUCCUCAGUUAUUGGUAAUGUCCCUAUUAUUAAAGGGACCUUAUUUAUCUACUUGCAAUUUUAGUUAUUUUUGGCUUUUUUUUAAACUUUACUAUACUUAGCUAAACAACACUUGCAGCUCAAUGGUUUAUUUCUUAACACAGUACUAUUGUCUUUAGCUUCAUUUCUUGUCUUUUUCUGUGAUCUAAUCUCCCACAUCAGCUUCAUUACUUCUAGAAAUCUAAGGUUGCGAUUUUCUUGAAUAGCUGCACUAGAAUACUGGAUGUGGCUGUGUUUAUUUUCCACUACAAAGUUAUGAAUACUGAGCUUCAAAAGCCAGCCAAUUACAAAUGACAUUGAGUAUCUUCCAGUGAUACCGUAUAUUAGAUGAUGUCUUAAAUUAAUUACAUGCAUUCCAUUGUACUAAAAUUUUUGCAACUGGUUGUUCGGCUUAGAUGAAAUUUGACAACUCCAUUUCACUUGGGUGUAAAUUGGAGUAAUGAUAAGUAGGAUUAGUCACUCAUAUUUUUCUUUUAUGCUGCUUUUGUUUGUAUCAUCUCUCUAUAAUCCGUCAGGACUCUAUUUCCUUUGUUAACAACUUUAUUAAUACAUAUACAAGGAUACAGAGCUCUAGUGUAACUUGCAAAACACAGUCAUACAGCUUAUAAUAAUACUGCAACCAUGGUCACAUAUGACGUUGAUGCAAUUACAAUCAUCUUGGAUGGCUAUACACACGAUCAAUGUGCACAAGUUUUUUGACCAGUAUUUGAUCAAUUUGGGAUGGAAACCUGAUCAUCAUGAGAUUUGUAAGCCAGUACCCCUGAUCAAUAUCUAGUCAUACUAAUUAAAUUAAUCAAAAAUGGUUAAUUGUUAACUACAUCCAUCAUAGAUAAUUUGUACUAGAAAGGCUUGUUACUGGCAGCUACCUUUACUUUGAUGGUGAUCUGUCACUAACAUUAAAGAAAUAAAAUGAUAAAUAAUAUAGAUUAUUUUUCUUGGAAAUCAGGUGUCAAACUAUAUGAUCUUGUACAUUAGACCAUAAGACAUUCCAACAUAGCUAACUUAUUACCCCUAACCAUGUUCUCCUGCCUCUUCCCCAUAACCUGGAUACACUACUUAAUCAAGAACCUAUCAACCUCUGUUUUAAAUGUACCCUAUGCAUUGGCCUUCAGAAGCACCUGUAGCACCGAAUUUCACAGAUUCACAAUGCUGUUGCUAGAGAAAUUCCUCUUCAUCUCUGUUCUAAAUGGAUGUCCCUCUAUUCUGAGGCUGUGUCGUUGGCCCUAGACUCUCCCACUAUAGGAAACAUCCUCUCCACAUCCAUUCUAUCUAGGCCUUUCAAUAUUCAUUAUGUUCAAAUGAGAUCCUUUCUUCCCCCCCCCACCCCUCCAUUCUUCUGAACUCCAGUGAGUACAGGCCCAGAAAAGAGAAAUGAAUAGUAAAACCGUGGAAGACAAGGGUAUAGAAAAUUACAGAGGGAGAAAAAUACAGCAAAAUAAUUCCUCAUUCUCCUUCAGUCUUAUAAACUCCAGUGAAUACAGGCCCAGAGCCAUCAAAUGAUCCUCAUGUGUUAACCUUUCAAUCCUGGAGUCAUUCACAUGAACCUCCUCUAGGCUCUCUCCAAUGCCAGUGCCUUAAAACAUUGGCAUUUCAUCCCUGCUCUUAUAUUCUAGUUAACUCAAAAUGAAUGCUAACAUUGCACUUGUCUUCCUUAUCACUGACUCAAGCUGCAAGGUAAUCUUUAAUCUUGCACAAGGACUUGCAAACCCCUUUGCACCUCUGAUUUCUGAAUUUUUCUCCCUAGUUAGAAAAUAGUCUGCACCUUUAUUCCUUCUGCCAAAGUGCUUGACCAGAUAUUUCCUGACAUUAUAAUUCAUCUGCCACUUAUUUGCCCAUUCUACUAAUUUGUCUUGGUCCCUCUGCAGAUUCUCUGCUUUCUGAACAUUAUUUGCCUCUCCACUUAUCUUCAUACCAUACUCAAACCUAACCACAGCGCCAUCAAUUCUGUCAACCAAACCAUUAACAUAUAAUGUGAAAAGAGGCAGUCCCAAUAUCAACCCCUAUGGGAUACCACUAGUCUCUGGCAGUUAACCAGAAAAAGCCCUCUUUAUUCCCACUCUUUGCAUCUUGCCAGUCAGCCAAUCUUCCAUCCAUGCUAGUAUCUUUCCUGUAAUACUCUUGUUUAGCAGCCUCAUGUGCAGCACCUUGUCAAAGGCCUUUUGAAAAUCCAAGUAAACAGCAUCCACUGACUCCUUGUUCAGCUGUAAUCUAAAUAUCGUGUGUUACCAGAAUUGGUAAUGUACAAAACUCUCUAAUACUUGAUAGGCAUUUCUUUCUUUAGUUGCUCAGCUUUUGUAUCUUCUCAUUUGAAGUCCAGUUUUUAGUUUGCAGAUGUCUUUUUUUUUUACUUAGAGUAAGCAGAAGGUAAGUAAGUCUUUUGUAGAAUAAAUCAUGUUCAUUAUAGCCAUACUAUAAUUUUGAGAUCAAGAACUAGUUGAUUCAAAAUACUACAAGGUUCAAGUUCAGUUACAGUAAAUAGUCAGCUCAGCUUCAAAUUGCUACAGUAUCAACAUUGAUUCAAAGACUGGUUAUUUCAAAGCUCUCUAAUCAAAAGUAUGUGCUACAUGCUGUACUUUAGGUUGUGUGCCUGACUGACUGAAACUGACUACAUUCUUUGCAAAAAAAAGUUGUGAUCCUGAGACUGACCCAUUUUCCGUAGCUGAACUGCAGUGCUCACUUUUCAAAACUGCUGAUUACUAAGAUGUAGGGAACAAAGUUGACCUGUGCUUUCUGGAGCUGUUUGGGCUGGUAAGUGAUGCAUGGAAAUGUUAUGGACAAAUUGCACCAUUUAGUGAUUUUUUUUCUCUCAAUGUUUACAAAAUUAAGAUUAGGCACAGCAGCGUCUAAGGCAUAGUAGUUCUAUUUGCAAAUGUUGCUAUUUCAUCAGAAGGUGAGCACUAUUUAAUUAUAAAGUCAUAAAGAUAUUAGUAUUUGUAAGGUGCUUAAUACGUUCUUUUUGCAAUUGCAGAACCUAGUCUAAAUUGGAAUCUUUGGAAUUUUGUAUCAUCUUGGAGAAAUUUUUGGUAUCUUUCAAUAAAUGUACAGUUGUCAGGUUUGGUUUUUUGGACUCUGGUCAUCACAACUACUUUCUGUUAGUUCAGCCAUGCAUUUUGAUAGGCAGUGUACUUGAAGUAUGAAUCCAUGAGCUUUGUGCCAAAUACGAAUAAAAUUGGUUUUAGUGGUUCUGUUAACUUUAGUUUUUAGCCUAUUGUAAUAUGAUGAUUACUUAAUCACAACACUAAGAAAUCAUAAAAUUUCACUUUUUUAUGUUGAGAAACAAAUAAGUGUUAUAGUGAAUCAUCCUGUGCCUUUAGAUUUACAAUGAACAAUAAAUUAAUGAAUUUGAAUGAAACAAUUUGAUACUCCUAAAUCUUGAUUAAGAGUUUCAAUUGUUUGGUAAUAAAAACUAUACUUGUAUGUUAUUAUGUUAAAUAUGAAUAUGUCUGUCUGUUUUAACCAGUGGAUUAUAGUUUCAUAAACCACAAAAUUAUAACUACUGUUUAUAGUAAUGGUUGUAUGAACCUGCAUAUCUGCAAAGUGCAUAUCUAUCUGGAAGGUUUUACUAAAUCCAAUUGUAUAAUUCCACUUAGUAAAAGAAGUCUAAGAGAAAUUUUGUUAAACACUUAAAACUGCAGAUCAAAUGUGUUCGAAUAGAACCAGUGUAGUAUGUUCAUAUAAAAUAAUACCUUACUAUUGUUUCUUUAAGCAAGCAAUAGGCCACUUGUUUUUUCCUUCAUGAAACCACUUGCCUGAUAUGUUAAUGUUAAUUCCAUUUUAAGAGUUGGAAUUUGAUUAUGAUGAUAGCAAAACUCUCAGCAUUUAUUGCUGUUCCACCAAAACUGAUGGCUAUGUUUGCAAGGGGAUGUGGCAUUGGUGGUAGUUGUUACUAUUAUUUCCUCUCCCACAAGAUGACAUGCAUUUAACAUGUGUAUAAUCAACAGUUUUAUGUCAAUAUUUUGAUGCUGUUUUCACCAUAAGCACCUUGAACCCUUCUUUUGAAUAAGAAGUGUAUGAAUAAUAAUUCUGCUGAACAACUUUACUAGUGUUGGGAACUAAAGAAUGGAGUGACAGUUCUUUCAUUCAGUGAUGUUUUAAAACAUCCACAAUAUCGGUUAUUUGAUAGUUCAGUUUUGACCUUAAUCCUGUGGGUUUGCCCAAUAUUUAGCAUUCUUUGAGAUGUUAUAAUCACUGCGUUUUACUUCCUAGUUUACCAUCUGAAAAUUGGUUGCCCAGCCUGCUUGAUGAAUUCGCUAAAUAUGUGCAAAACAAAUCCUUGUGGAUAAUGCCAGACUAAGAGCCACGUAUGAAUAGGAGAAGUUGACAUGGAGUCGGCUAAAUCUUUGUGGCAGCUUUCUUCAAAGGCUGUAACUCUAUUCCUCACUAGAGCUCUCAGCGUCAGCUAAGAAAUUCAACACCAACAAAUUAAGCACUGGCAGUCUUGUGGAAAGCUACUAUAACGAGCAUGAGAAAUAGUCAGAAGUGAAGUUAACAAGAUAAAUAAUAGUUGCCAUCCCAAUAUCUGUACAACUGGAAUCCCAUAAUUUCGAUCAGGGCAGAAGCUAAAGGACGAAGUCUUGUGCCAAUCUGUAUUGUUCAUUUUCUCCCCUUUUAUUUUCUUUUGUUGCUGUCAAGUAACGGGUUUGCUCAUUGUCAUUAUAACUUGUGUGGACUGAAUUAUAUCUGUAUUGUAAUAAAAAUGUUUGGCUUUAUGGAAACAGCUGAUUUAGCUGUUGUAGGACUUUAUUUUGUUCUUGUAUUGUGCAUUGGAUUUUUUGUAAUGUGGAAGUCCAACAGAAGUACCGUGAGCGGAUACUUUCUUGCAGGACGCUCCAUGACCUGGUUAGCUAUAGGUGCUUCAUUGUUCGUGAGCAAUAUUGGCAGUGAGCACUUUAUUGGUUUAGCAGGAUCUGGAGCUGCCAGUGGAUUUGCAGUGGGAGCUUGGGAGUUCAAUGCAAUGUUACUUUUACAGGUAUUGGGUUGGGUCUUCAUUCCAGUCUACAUCAGAUCUGGUGUGUAUACCAUGCCACAGUACCUUUCUAAGCGUUAUGGUGGUAACAGAAUAAAAAUCUAUUUUGCUCUGUUGUCCUUGCUAUUGUACGUCUUCACCAAGCUUUCUGUUGAUCUGUAUGCCGGUGCACUGUUCAUCCGUGCAUCACUGGGCUGGGACCUGUAUCUCUCUAUCAUCAUUUUGAUUGGGUUAACUGCAGUGUUAACUGUCACAGGAGGACUUGUGGCUGUCAUCUACACCGAUGUUCUGCAGGCUGUUCUUAUGAUUGGUGGAGCUUUAACUUUGAUGGUUGUCGGUAUGGUCAAAGUUGGAGGCUUGGAUGAACUGAAACGAAGAUACAUGCUUGCCUCUCCAAAUGUUACUGCAAUUGUUACUACUUUCAAUCUAAGCUCGACUAACACUUGCCGUAUCCACCCUAAAGAGGAUUCUCUAAAGAUGCUACGUGAACCAACUGAUGAGGAUAUUCCUUGGCCUGGUUUCCUGUUGGGUCAAACACCAGCCUCUGUUUGGUAUUGGUGUGCUGAUCAAGUCAUUGUGCAGCGUGUCUUGGCAGCAAAGAACAUCGCUCAUGCCAAAGGAGCCACUCUGAUGGCUGGUUUUCUGAAACUCUUGCCCAUGUUUAUCAUUGUCAUUCCAGGGAUGAUUUCCAGAAUUCUCUUUACUGAUGAGGUUGUUUGCAUUAAUCCAGAGCACUGCAUGCAAGUUUGUGGCAGCAGUGCAGGUUGCUCAAACAUUGCAUACCCACGCCUAGUGUUGGGAAUCUUACCUGUAGGUCUUCGUGGUCUAAUGAUGGCAGUCAUGAUAGCAGCUUUAAUGAGUGAUUUGGAUUCUAUAUUUAAUAGUGCCAGCACAAUAUUCACCCUUGAUGUCUACAAGCACAUUCGAAAGGCUGCCAGCUCUCGAGAACUUAUGGUAGUGGGUCGUUUAUUUGUUAUCUUCAUGGUUGGCACGAGCAUUGCCUGGGUUCCUAUAAUUAUAGAAAUGCAAGGAGGACAAAUGUAUCUCUAUAUCCAAGAGGUAGCAGGAUAUCUAACCCCACCAGUGGCAGCUGUGUUCUUACUUGGUAUUUUCUGGAAACGCUGCAAUGAGCAGGGGGCUUUCUGUGGGGGGUUAGUUGCAUCAAUUUUGGGAAUAUCGAGGUUGAUUCUUGCCUUUGUAUACCAUGUGCCAGAAUGUGACCAGUCUGAUACCAGACCAAGUUUUAUCAGAAACAUUCAUUAUAUGUACUUGGCAGCGGCUUUGUUUUGGAUCACUAUCAUUACAGCAGUUAUAGUGAGUCUGCUGACUCCUCCUCCUCCCAGAGAUUUGAUUUGUACUACCACAUUCUGGGCAUUAAAAGACACAGAAAUAAUACAAAGUGGUUAUAAAGAAGAAUCUGACAAGUUAACAGACAAAAACCUGGCAAAAUGUGGCGAUGAUAACAGAUGUGCCGAUACUUUAGAUUUUAAGCACAAAGAUGAAGAUUCGUCUCCAUUAGCUGAUCGAAUAGAAUUAGUUCUUUUAAUGCCUGGAAAUGGUGAUUCCAAAUCUAUGAGUCCACUUGUCAAUGAAGGUCAGAUAAGAAAUGACUCUUUUGCAAAUGGCCAAACAUCUCCAGUAGGACAAGUGGAUAAAAAGGAACCUGAAAAGAAAAGGAAUGUAUGGUGGAGAUUCUUUGAUCAGUGUUGUGGAAUCAAGAAUUAUAAUGUGAAAAAGACAGCAAAAGAUUCUGUAGAAAGUGAAAUGGUUUGUUUACAAAUGUUGCAAGAGAGUCCAAAAAUUAAAUUGAUAUUAAAUGUUGGUCUUUUUGUUGUGUGUACACUUGGCAUAUUAAUGUUUAUCUAUUUCUCUUUGUAAAAUGGAAGUUGUUUAAUAUCAGUAUUGUGUUCCAUCUUCCCAGCACUAAGUUGGUAAUCCUUUUUGGUCCACUUUGGGAAAGAUAUACGAAGGAGUAAAGAUGAAGCUUUAGUAUCAGUUGGAUUCUUUUCACUAGUUAUGUGAAGACACAUUUAUACUUGGUGUUCAUUGUAUUAUUUGUUUUGUUUGUGGUUUGUAAAUGAUUUAACUACUUGCGUGAUAAGCAUGUAGAAACCCAUUUUUCAUUCUUAUAACAAAUAUUUAUCUAUUAUCCUGUUGGUUUCUUCAUAAUUCAUAUGUGUAUUAGGCUAGGGUGAAUUUGAAGGGCAUGGAGCUGAAUUGAUUUUGGGUAUAGUGGAACAAACAUGUAACCCUGCAAGUUCUUUAUUGAUAAUUAAAGCCAACCAUCCACUUAUUCAUAUAGGUUGAUUAUUUUUUAAUCUUAUUAUUUAGUUACCUAAUAAGGAAGCAAAGUUGUUGCUGGCAAUGUACACUUAAGACGCGGUUUAGUAUUUGGUGGCAUGGAUAUCAAAUUGGAAUUUUGGGAGGGUGAUUGGAGUACCAUCUGCAAUGAGAAAAAUUGAUCUGAAGUGACUAUUACUUCAAACAAGAUUUGCAGAAUAUUUGCUACUUCAUGUUUCAGGUAGUGCAAUGAUGCUUUUCUGAAAGUUUAUAUCAGGUUAUGCUAACCUAACUACCUAAUUGUAUUGCUUACAAAAUAUUAUUGCUCUAGUAUUAACUUUAAUUACACUCCUAUCUCUAAACUUUCUUCUUGGAUCAUCAAUCAUGUCUUCUCCCAGCUCUGCGCCCUUGGUUCACAAGGUCUCCUGCUUCAAUUUGUCUCUCAUCGGUUGAGAACACCAAAAAAGCAUUCGCCAAAGUCUUGAAUAACAUGUCAUGUGAUAAUUCUGGUACUUUAUCCCCCUUUGUCCUCCAGGAAUUAAAUAUGAAAUUGAAUGUGAUUCAGAACUGAAUUAUCUAUUUGCUCUUGCUUGAUACCUCCCAACCAAACCAAAUUAAGUCAUCCCAAAGUCAAAAGAUUUGUCUCUGGAUCAAAACCAUCUCCUUGUAUGUACCUCUAAUUAGCAACAUUAUGUAAGAUUUAGAUUAGUUUCCACAAAUGAAUGAAUGAUUCCCAACUCUGACCAAUUCCAAACUCUUUGCUGAGCUAAGAGCUCUUUAAGAUAAUUAUUUAUUUAAUCUUAUUUGAGCAAUGUAUUCACCAUGACAAUGUCGAGUCCACAGUGAAAUUAUUACUUGGUGUUUGGUAAAAUUUGCAUUAUGAAUUAUCUCAGGCAGAGCUUUAAACCUUUAAUCUAUUUACGCUACAUUGAAUUUCAACUGAAGGUCUUUGUAAAUAAGGUCCAGUUAUUGCUAAGUUGUUCUUGUAGAUGUGCAAACCUCUAGUUUUAUGAAACUUGUCCAAAACUGCGAAGAAUUAUGUUCUACAAUUUCGUCUGCUUUGGUUUCCCAAAGCCUUAAUUUACUGUGAACACAGAAUUUAGUUUAUUGGAAAAUGCUUAACAUUAUUAUCUCACUUUCCAAGAUCCUACAACUUUAUAAGCUGCCUUGAAAGCUUCAGUCUUCUCGUGCUUGUAUCUGCUUGUUUUAUCCAUAUGAUUCCAUUGCUUCUGCUCUGAGUGCUUUCCUGUAACUUCUUUGCAUCUCCACCUUCCUGUUUUUAUUCUUGGAAAAAAAUGUACUCAAAAUUCAUUCCUUUUGUCAGGUUUUUUGUGCUGCCUCUACUUCCUCAGCAUUUGUUCACACUAUCUACUUGUGAGGCACCGUGGGACAUUAACUACUUCAAAAGUACUCAGAGACUUGUGUUGUUAUAAUUAAUUCACAUCAAAAUUCAAUUUGAAUUUUGGCUUCUGAUAGCUGGUUUUUAUGUAUGUGUUAGCUGUAACCCUAAUCUGUCCAAACUUAAUUUGAAUUAUUUGACUAAAAUGGAAAGGAAGUUCUGGACAAAUUAUUUCUUGUCUUUUUUUUAAAAAAAAGUUUCAAAAGCAUGAACAAUCAUUGUCUAAUGGUAUUGUUUUCCAUGAGAUCGGUGUUGCUAGUAGAAGGUAGAUGGUGUACAAAUUGGAGGCAGGGAGAAGAAUACAAAAUUGAGCAGAAUUUCUUUUGUAGCACAAUUGCAGAAUGAAUAAACAUUAAUUUUGCACGCUGAAAAUUGAAUGUAGUACAUUUUGGGUUUUAUCUUAAUGAUUGGCAGUCAUUCAAGCUAAAUGAGGUCAUCAUAGACUUGGAAAAGAUUGGUUAUUAAUUAACAUUUUCAAGGCAAAAUUGAAAAUUUGCUUUGCUAGCUUAAUACUAGGAAGAAAAUAAUGAAUACAGGGAUCUAAAAUUUUGAGUCAGCAGUGUUAUUAGAGCUAUUCAUUGAAAGCUUACUGGGUAUCACCAUUUGAGUAUAUUGCAAGGAAGAAGCUGGGAGACCAUGUGUAAAAGAAAAUGUGAACAUGUCUGAAUAUAGGUAUGUUCUUAGACAUUGGGUGUUAUUGUUCAUAUGGUUAGCACCUACAGUACUGCAUCGUGUAUAGUGAACCCUCACUUUUUCUUAAAAGCUUGCUGUUCCUUGUGAUUCUUAAAAUAAUUAGUCCCUUGCCAGAGGCCUGGCAUACAACAUUAUUCUUCUGAUCUGCCAGGACAUGAAACAUGAGCUAAUACCUCAUGGGUAAAUUACUUUGAUUAUGUAGUAUAUUUCAUAAGUAAUUAUUUGGUUAUUUUCUACAUGUAUAAUGUAGGAUUGUACCCAAACAUGAUUUUUAAGGUAUAAAUUCUCGCUGCAGAAUCUUAUUCCUACUUUCCAUGAUUGGACCUCAGCUUAUUCUUGUUUCAUGCCAAAUCUUUUGCUCAGACUUGUUGGCCAACCUAUUGAUUCUGUUUUGUCAAAUGCCAUCAAAUUUUUGACAAACCAGUGCAUGCAGUCUGUAUUGUGGGUAAAGUAAUAAUAUUGUAUUCAAGCAAUGAGUCUUGUGGUUUAACUUUAAUAAUUCACUGUGUGUUUUGUAUUGAUUAUUUCAUAUGCUUCAAGAAAUUUGUUGAGCUUGGUUCUAGUAUGGCUUCUUAGCAAGUGUUAGUUUGAGAAUAGAUUUGUAGGAUGACAGGUGGACCAGGGAAGCUAUUUGGUGACAAUGCAUGCAGAGCUUGUGGCAAUCACCUAACGGGGAUAAAAGUUUGUGCGUGUUUGUAUUUGUGUGUUGUUAGUUUGCUUUUAAAAAGGAGUUUGGGUGAGGUGCUUGCACUAAGUAGUAAUGGAGCUGAUCUCAAAUCUUGGAUUUGAUGAGCCUAGUGGUUUUAUUAGACUUUGUAAAAUACUUGAUUGUGAUUUUUUUUUAAAGCUUGUUUCACGUAUUACAAAUUGUUUUGUAUCUCGGCUCUGUGGAACUAGUAGACCUCAUUUUCACUGUACCCAUCCCUGUCCCAAUUUCUCUGUCCAUUGAGGACAAAACAUUUCCCACUGAUAAUUCUCCUGUACCUUUACUCAGAGAAAAUAAGUAACCAUCUUAAACUUAGUAAUUCAGAAUCCUUUCAUAUAAGAGAGGGUUCUGCCAUCCAUGUGCAAAGUCUUGUUACUGAACAUACAGAUUAAGACGCUUGCACUCACAUUUGGCCCAAAGGAUUGUGCUGGUGCUGACUACAUCUUUUGUACGUCAAAUAUCACAACUUGACCAAAAAUUUGCGUCCAUUGACAAUUAAAAUGCAUUAAAACAGAUUCUUUAAAUGUCAUGGGUGCAAUAUUUUCCAGAACAAGCACUUUUGUCCAAUUUGCAAUGGAGAAAUAUCUGACCAUCAUUAUUUUAAGAAUCUAGAGUGCACACUAGUUCCGGCAUUUUUGUUACUUGUACUUUCCUAGUUAAAGACAGCAUUUGUGUUAAUUGAGUUCUCCACAGUCUUGACAGUUUAUCACCAGCACCACUACAAUCAUGCAAGUGCUUUGAGUAUUUGAAUGUAUCAGUACUUAAUCCUGGAAACAAAAGACUGAAGGUGCUUCCUAGAAAACAGGAACAAUCAAAUUGUUGUCAAGAUGCAUUACAGUUGCCUGCCAUCCAAAUUAGAUCAGUGUAACUACAAUGAAUAUAUGGAUCCCUCAGAUUAUUUGCAUUAUAGCCUAGUAAGUAAUUUCAGGCAUUCUGGUUACAGACUGCAUGUGCAAGAUUAAUGCUACCUGAAUUUUAAAAGAAGCCCAUAGUGCUGUAUCUUGCUGUUAUUCAUUGUGCUAUGUAAUCCUUUUAUCUAGAGUAGUUGCCUGAGUCGCUGGAAUGUAUGAGCUAGCUGACUGAUUUGUUGAUUUGAAUUUCUUGGUAUUCGGAUGGCAUUAUCUUUCACCAGCUGAGCUUGUGUAUAAGUUUGUACCCUUUGUGUGUGGCUGUUGUGGAGAUGACUUGUGACUAGGCACACACUUUCUUUUUGGUGGUUCAAUUUCAAAGAGAUUUCUGCCAUGCUAAUAUCAUUGGGUAUAGAAAAAGCUGACAAUAGACCCCUUUCUAAUGCUUGUCAGUGAUAGAUCAGUUAGUCAGUUUAAGUCACAAGAAAAUGCUUUUUGCAAUCCUGCUCCAAAGUUUCCAUUGGGUGUCUGAGAAAGAAAGGCUGUUUUAGGGUUUCUAUUACAAAUAUUCUACUGUGGUAUAUCACCCAACUGUUUGGAUCUGAAUUAAAAGUUAUAUGCAUCACUGUUUUUGAGAUAGCCUAAUAAGAGGCAAGCUUUCACCAAUUACUUUUCUAAUUCCUGCAUUUUAUUGUAUCAGCGUCUUAGUUUUGGCAGUUAGUCUGUUUUAAUUCACUUUUGGUUUAUAAAAAAUACUUAUAGUAGCAUUACCACUAAGAUUGAUUAAUUUGGCACAAUUCAGUGAUUGAACUAGCUGCUCCACUUGACUGGAAACAUUUUAAGGAUACACUCCUGCAUUGACCUGGAUAUUUGAUUAUAAUGACCUUAUUGAAUUUAAUGCAAAUACAGGUCUUCAAAGGGAAAUUUUUAAUUUGUGUUGAUGUCAAAUUGACAGCAUUUUGGUUCCUUACAUCAGAAGUUCCCAUAUAGUAACAGUUUUCAGGUUACUUCUACAGUACAAUAUGGCACAGGCUGCUUAUCAGUGAUAGUGUACUAUUUUCUCCAUCCAUACAGGUUCUAUUCCAGUUUUGACAUGAUCCAGGUGUGUACUUGCAUGUCAGUUGUAUUCAUUUUUGCAUUGGUAAUGCUACCUUUCUCUGAGUGCUUCAGGAUCUUGAUCCUAAAUUCCUUAUUGGGUAAACUUGAGCAUUUGAGGAAAAAUGCAAAUUUUAUAAAACAAAGUCUUCAAAGGCUUAAUGUGGCAAGUCCAAAAUAAUGAUUUUUUCAGGCAGUUCUUAGCCUGUUUGGCUUGUCUUGCUGAAUGCACUUCAACUUGAAGCAUGACUAUCAGAGAUGGAAUUUUGGUGAGAUGCGUUUCUUACCAGAUGGAUAUUGAAUGCAUUGGUCUCAGGUAAGACAGAGCACCUCUGAUUUUUAUGAAGCAGAAUCUUAUAACGAGCAUGGGAACAUAUUUCCCAUGAACUUCUGAUUCCCCCCCCUUUUAAAAUUAAAGUGUAGGAAAUGUGAAUUUCUUAAAGCUGUACCAAUGGCAUUCCUCUGUCCUGCUUGAGAUUAAGAUGAAGCAGUGUGUGGUAUAUCGUAGGUGGUUUCACACAUGACUAAGUGCCCAAUACAAGAUUUGUUGUAGCUGAAUUGUAAGAGAGUAAAGUUUGUGUUUAAUUAAUAUUUCUUGGUUACAGUUGUUCCUAUGCUCGGAGAUUUCUUUCUUUUUAUAUUGGUGCUCUAUGCUCAAAACAUUUGGUUUAAGCAAAAAAUGAAAAUCUUAAUGGAUUGCAUUGCCCUGUUUUGUUGGUUAUUGCUGGAUUCAAACCUACACUUGCAGACCUUCCAAUCUAUUUUGUGAACGUGUGGUGGGGCUACUUCAGAGCCUUGUUUAUUUUGCCUUAGUUUUUGACAAAUCAUUCACACAAAUACUAACCUCGCUCUAACAAACUUGCAAAUUACUAUCAAAAAGGAAGGUUUGGUAGGAAACUUCUGAAGCUUUUUUUAAAAAAUUAUUCCUAUCUAUUUCAAUUGUAUCACAUUUAAUUUUAGUCUAUAAGACCAAAAUUUCUAAAAUUUGAGUACAGUUAAUUUGAGCAUUCUGCACAUUGCUGCUGAAAGAUCUAUUAAGUGCUACAGAGCUACUUGUAGGUUGGCUUAACACUUCACGAAUCCAUAAAAUAGCUUAAAAAUUUUCAAUAAAAUGCUAAUAUUCUGAUUUUUUUGAUACUCUAAUUAUUAAUAAAUUGAUUCAAUGGCAGAUGUAUUUAUCAAAAAUGGAGAAAUACUAUGCUUGAAAAUUGAAUAGGGUAUUGGUUUGCAAAAAUGCAGAAAAUUCAUUUGGUACCUAAUUGAGAUUGUUUCUGAAAUUUUCAGGGUUUUGUUUGGUUUAUAUUUCUUUAACCUUACGGGAACAUGAUCAAUGAACACCUAACAUUAACAAAGUUUGUUACAGCGAGCCCUUCAAAGAGAAGUCUGUUUGCAUUAAAUUUAACUAGGCAUUCAGAAAUAAGGAGUAGUUGGAAGGUCUGGGUUUAAGAGGUAACAGAUAAUGCACGAAAACCUACCCUCCAUCCAGCUUUUUUUUAAAAUGUGUUUAAUUUGUUAAAAAAAACAUUAAAUUUUAUCCAGGUCAAUCUCCCAUGCUGUGCUAUAUUAGAUUUUUAGCUUUAUAGUUUUAGGAAUUUUAGGGUAAAAAUAUUUUGCAGAUUUGUGUGCUUUCCUUUUGGAGUUUAAAGUUUGCCAUGUGUCAAACAAAAAGUUUGAGCAUAAUCCUUUUCAUCUCUAAACCUCCAAAUUCAGUAACUAUAGAAAAAUGUAUUUCUAAAUUUAGAUGGUUUGAAGAUGAGGCUUUCAUACUAUUAGUGUAUUAACUGUAUAAGAAAUAGUAUUUCUGCUGUAAUUUGUAUAGAGCUUAAGGGUAGGGGACUAUUUUGUGGACACAAUUGGAGAUCUUUUAUUCAGGAAAGUGCACAAAGAAGCCAUGGUUGUCAAGUUCUGGAAAUUAUUUGCAUGAACUACAUAUUUUGGCAUUCCACAACCAGUUAAACGUUCUUUGAAGAAAGUUUCACUGUGAAUCUGCAAGUGCUCUGUAUUCUUAUAGGUAAAAUUUUAAAUUUUCCUUACUGAUUUGCGCCUGACUCAUUCAAGCAUUUCAUUGGGAAAAGAGCAGUAUUGAUCUGAGCUAUGUGUAUUCCAACAUACUGUAGAUGAGAGAAAGGUGCUAGUAGAAAGCUCCUUAUAUCCCCUCUUUAAAUUUAACUGCAUAAAGCUAGAUAGUUUUGCAUUCCUUUUAACUCCAGAUUGAGGAAGUAAAAGUCAGGCCAAGAAAUUUCUAUUUGACUAGCCAAUGAAGGCAUUGCCUUCUAGCAGUGAGAAUCUAUUCACAUGAGCAAUGGCUUAUAUUGGUAAUUUGGGUGUACAAUUAGUGAUUGGUGUGUGCUUGUUGACUGACACUUAAGUCAUCUGGCUUUAACUGGUUUGGAGUGUCUUUGGUACUUAAAUUUAUCUAGGCCAGAGUGAUAUUGAUUGGCUGAGCACUUUUAAUGUUCCCUUCAAAAUUGUUUUGAUAAUUGUUCAUAGUACAAUGGUAUCUCUUUUACUUUCAGGGCAAAUAUAUGUGGAGACUCUGAAGCCAUACCAGGAAGUGCUUUGAAAUCAAGCUACUCAUUAAAAUCUUUUAAGACCAAAAAACACAAACCAAUCAUAAACCACUGAAGCAAAACAACUAAGGGCAAUUUCCAUUAUGGAAAUUAAUUCUCUGUAUUUUUUUAAAAAAGUGCAUGGAACUAAGUGUUCCUGGAAAAACAAAGACCUGCGCAGUUUAGGAACCGGUAGUGUUUGCAACAUCUUGGCUUUUUUGCAUAUGUUUUUAAACAUUUCACCUGGGAUUAAAACCAGUAUAGAUAAGUAUCAGUCCCUAACUACUAUUCUAUGCGCUAAAACAACUAUUCUCUUACCAUUGGACUCCAAGGGGCUCUGCCAUUAACCCACUUAACUUCUAUAUUAUGACAAUCUGGCUAUUAUUCCAACUGCACCUUUUUUUAAUAUAAAUUUCUAUUUGAUCCACUUUGCUCAAAGUACUUUAUAGGAUUGUGGAGAAUCUAGCAUUCGAUUACUGAACAAACCAAUGUGAAUAGAUAUUUAGCUGUAACUUCUCCAUUAUUCGCUCAUUCUGACAUCUGAUUAAUGAACAGCAGCACAUUGGACCAUUUGUGUUAUGGCUACACUUUCCUGUGAAAAAUUGCUACUUUCGUUUUGCGCUGCCUCUGUGGAGGUAGGUAAUGUAGUUUAUUCGAUAUAGAGGUUCUCUUGACUCUUAAACAUAUACCAAAUUUAAUUUGUUCAAGUCUGCAUAUAUUUUUAGAAGACGAUAAAUUUCCGAUUGGGCAUUUACUGCUUUUUAAUGUUAGUUUAUUAUGCUUAUUCUUAAAUACUAUUUAAUACUUGCAUGUGGAAGACAAAGAUAUAUGGUACCAAAUCAGUUACUGGAAUUGCAUUUUGUGGAAUUAAUUUUAAAAUUUAUAAAAGCCUUUAACUUUCAGAAACAGUUAUGUGACAAGUAUGUUGCUGUGCAACAGUUAUUGAGAAUACAGUAAUAAAACAAGUGAGUUAGUCAAAAGAAUGACAGUUGGAUAGAGUAGCAAUUACAGGUGUUUCCUAUUGAAACUGAGCUGGUUUGUUUUUAUCAAUUGGUCAUUAUGUUAACAGUUAUGCUUCAGUUUACAGUAUGUGGGGAUCAGUUCUUGCGUAUAUUCUACAGGUUUGCAUAAUCGAGCUGAUUUAGGAGCAGACUAUAUAUGGUGCGUUGAUGCACAAAAGGAACAACAAUAACACAAAGAAUCAUUUGUCAAGAUCCAUCUUUUAAAAAGAGAAUGUGUACACAGUCUGAAGGUUCCCAUUUGAAGCAUCUGGCAUCCAGGAAUUGAAUGGAAUAAAGUGAAUAUGGUUUAUAAAACAAAUUGAAAAGCCCAUCUAAGGUAGAUUAUCCUCCUUGCCCCAGCCUAGUGGCCAUGAAAUUUUACAUCAUUCAAAAUUAUGUCCAAAUAUGUCAACUUGGUGUUUAGCAGGUGCAUUGAGUUCCCAUCUACCUGUUUAUUUUUCUGUCCAGAUGGUAUAGUACAAACAUCCUUUCGAUUAAAGAUGACAUUUAUACCAUAUUGUUGGUAAAUGGCAAUAUGAAAUUGAUUCAUAGAUUGCAUACACUAUUUUUGUGUUGACCCUAGCUAAAUUCCACUUUUUGCAUUAGCCAGAAGGCUAAGUGGAGCCUGUUAUCAUUAUAGUUGGAGAUUCAAACUCCUGCUGCCAAGAUAAAGUGCAUUAUAUUUAGACAUAAGUUUGGACAUUCAAUAGUUUUAUGACAGUAGAAAUGUUUGAAACUGAUAUGCCUUGUAUAUCACUACAGUUUAGAAAGAAUUCUUCAUACCUCAACAUUGAAUAACCCUUUGUUUAAAUAUUAAUUCCCCCAAAUGACACCUUUUGCAAGUAAUUCCUUGUGAGUAUGAGGAUUUUGUGUGAUGGAUAAGGCAAAUCAGUUUCAAUGUUGCAUGAACAUUUGCAAGCAUUUCUACAUUUCUAAAACUAUAUUCAAAAUUAUAUUUAAACUUUUAAGUUAGUGAAUGGUAACAGAAGUGUCACAUUUUGCUCUUCCGUAUUUUCUCCACACAUGCCCAUCCACUCACGUAAAAUCUCAAUUCAGACCACUUCUUAAUUAACCAUAGAGAUAUUGAUUAUAUUGUAAUGCAUUCCAGCAUGAAGUGGUUGAACACACUGGGGAGGGAGGGGGAGAAAUUAUAUUAACAAUCUAUAAUUUCUUAAUUGGAAUUUUAGGGUUAUAAGCAUGAAACUGGCUCAAAAUAUUCCACAAACAUGUUUCCAUUGUUAGCAAUGUUAACAAGUUGAAUCCGUUGCAAAAGACAACGUUCUGACUUCAUUCUAAAUGUGGUAUUCACUCUGAUUUAAAGGUAAUUUUUUAAGGUAUAUUUUGAUUGGUAACAAAAGUUUAAAGCUCUGCUGUAGUUUAAAAACCAGAGAAAAUGCUGGGUUUUUAAGAAUUUUCUUAAAUUUUGAUGGUAAAGAUUGAAAAAUCUGAUCUGCCUGAUUAAUUUUCAAGGUCAAUUUAGUGGGAAAAUCUCGUUUGGAGAAUAUGUAGCAUAAAUGACAUUAUAGGGAAUGACCAUCUUUUAAUGAAAGAUUUUGAGGUGUAGAAACAAUAUGCCCAAGAAUUUGAGUAAGUGAAUUAAUUUUAACUUCACUUGGGUAUCUGUGUGUUUCGAGAGAGAGCGAAUGUAAGAUUUUCCAUAGAACGUGAUCAAGAAUGGGAGCCUCCAGAGAAAGUACAUCUAUCUAGACUUCUGUUUUAUAAACUAAUGUAUUGUGAAAUUGCACAUGACGUGGAUGGAAUAGCAUUCAAGAGAGUGCUCAUGUUUGUGCAGUUUUAGUUAUGUGAACCCGAAAACAUUGUAAACAUACACUUGCUGAUUUCAACAUUUUUUGGUGUUUUAAUGUUAUUCUUGAAGAAUUUUGUUUUGCUGAACUACAAAACUAAUAAAGUUCAACAUAAUCAUUGAA